AUGCCCCUGAGGACAUCACUGCACCGUAAACCAUCGUCAGUGUUUGGGCUACGGAGGCUGGCUAAGCGAAAGGAGGUUCUGUCUGUGAACAUGAUUAGCCUGCCUCUGGGUGACUUCCGCCAUGUAUCUCACAUCAGUUCCGAUGCUCAGAGUGACAGUUUUGGAGACCUGUCAUUCCUCAGGGAGGGCCAUAACCUGCUACUACAGUGCUCUAAGAGUGAGCAGAACCUCUUCCUGUCCAGUUCACCACCUCCAAAACCACCCCGUCUCAACCUGGAUGAGCCACAGAGUCAGGGAAAUUUGUACUGGGGAGAGGCACACCAACACAUCAUCCAACGGAAAAAAUGCAGUUCUCUUCCCUUGCUGGACACUGAGGAGGAGCAAGAGGAGGAUGACCAGCUGGGAUUUGAGCAGAUCAAAGUGAGAGGCUGUCCUGAACAAGGAAGCCUGAGCUCAGGCAGAGACUCCACCAAAACCUGCCCUGAAGAAUCACAGCAAGAUGAGAUCAACUCUGCCUAUUCGUUUAGCCUAGACCUAGGACCCUCCAUAUUAGAUGAUGUUCUCCAAGUGAUGGAAAAACUCCAUGAGUAG